AUGAUCCUACCAGGUCCGAUUGACGGUUUCUAUGUGUUUGUGGUGCGCCAAAAGUUUGCCUCAUUGGCACAGGAGGUUCUCAAGAACUUGGCUGCCUUCCUUAUCUCUCACCUGGAGCUCUGGCGGGAUCUGAAGCACCAGAGGAAGACAUGCCGCACUUGGCUCUGCUUGGAUCACUACAAUCGAACGGUUACCAAUGCUAUGACCUGGGAUCAAAGCCAACAUCGGGCACUCUCUGAGUAUGAGAGGGAUGUAGACUUGGACCAGCAAGUGGAAAAGGACAAUAAUGAGUGGUUUGAUAAGCUCCUUGCCGCCGAGAAGGCUUCUCCAGAAUUCAAGGGCACCAUCACCAUUGACAUUUCGAUGCCAGCUGCCAAGGAUAUGGACAAUGGUGCUACAGUAGGAAGCGCGGCCAAUAUGGCAGCACUAUUGGAGAAUAUGAAAGCGGAUGUCAACGACCUGCGCACGGAAUUAGAGACUGCAGCGGAGGAACUGGCUCAAGCUAAGGAUGCGGAGGCUGCCAACGAUGCUCGAAUCCUGGAAUUGGAGGCCAAAAUGGCAGAACAAGCAUCGGUCACAGGAAGCACCGCUCGUCCAGCCCCUCCUCCAGCAAAGCAACAUCAUCGGCUGACAGUGGGGUGCCCCCCGGCGGUGGUCCCUAGUAACCACCAACGGUCCCGUCACGCAAGGUUGCGGCGUUUGACGGAAGGCCGAGGUCAAAAUCUACGCAACCAAAACACACCCAGCCAGGUGGCCCACUCCUCGCUGGAUGCUUAUUUAAACUCUCUCCCUCCUGAUAACUACUUCGGCGAUGACUCACGCCAGAAGUCUCCUUGUGUUACCCUGGUCCUUUUUCAAAAUGUUCAGGGUCUUCCAUUUCCCAUGACACAUGAGAAACAAAAAGGGGUCUUCAAGUGUUGGACGGAUGAGAGAGUGGGCAUUGCAUUGCUGGCUGAAGUUAACCUUCAAUGGUCAGCAGAGUUUCCAACUCCCUCGGUGCAUCAAUGGGGCGGAUGUUCCGCUACAUUACUCAACAAGGUCGCGCGUCGGGCAAAGUCAGGCGGCAAAGAUGAGUCAGGGCUAGGUAGGUUCUCAUGGAUCAAGAUCCGGGGCAGGGACAUCCAACAACAGGAGUCUCCUACUGAUGGGCCCCCGGCUGGUGUCUCUGCAUAUCGUCCAAACCCGGAAGGUACCAAUGCGGGUAGUGUUUGGAACUACCAACGGAAUUACUGGUUGAGCAAGGGGGUGACUAUGGAUCCCCGUGACAAACUCACCCUGGAUUUGGUGGACCUGAUCCAAAAGUGGAAAGCGGAAGGAUGUGAGAUUCUCCUGGGGUUAGAUGCAAAUGAAGAUGUCUCCUACAACUCUCCCUCUUCCUUCCGCCAAGAGAUGAGGAUUGAAGGUCUGACAGAGGCUAUCUUACGCCGACAUCAGGGCCCUUACCCGGCGACAACCCAAAGUCGGCUGACGGAUACCCCCAUUGACGGUAUUUUCGUGACUGACGGUGUCCAUGUCACUGCAGGAGGAUACUUGGACUUUCGUUUGUGCCAAAAGAGAUGGAUAUCAAGCUUCAAGGUGAAGCCGAUUUCACAUCUACUCUUGAAGAUCCAAUCAAACUCUUGA